GCUAUGGACCCUGCGCUGGCCGCGCAGAUGAGCGAGGCGGUGGCGGAGAAGGUGCUCCGGUACCGGCGGGACGAGUCAGGAUGGAAGAUUUGCCGGGAAGGCAAUGGAGUUUCAGUUUCCUGGAGGCCAUCUAUGGAGUUUCCAGGGAACCUGUACCGGGGAGAAGGAAUCGUGAACGCGACACCGGAGAAGGUGUGGGGCUGCAUCAAGCCGCUUGCUGGGACCCUUCGGGACAAGUGGGAUGAGAACGUGAGCAGCUUUGAAAUUAUCGAAAGCCUCACUGAUAUGCUCUGCGUGAGCAGAACCGCCAGCCCCCCAGCCGCCAUGAAGCUCAUCUCCCCCAGAGACUUCGUGGACUUGGUGCUCGUCAAGAAGUAUGAGGAUGGGACCCUCAGUUCCAACGCUGUCAACGUGGAGCACCCAUUGUGUCCCCUGAAGCCAGGUUACGUGAGAGGCUUUAACCACCCUUGUGGCUGCUUCUGCGAGCCUCUGCCGGGGGAGCCCGAGAAGACCAACCUGGUCACAUUCUUCCAGACCGACCUCAGCGGCUACCUCCCACGGAGUGUGGUGGACUCCUUCUUCCCCCGCAGCAUGGCGGGGUUCUAUGCCAACCUGGAGAAAGCCGUGAAGACCUUAGACCGCCUGCGCCCCCCACCCCGUCUGUCAGAAAGAACCCCCAUCGACGCCGCGAGCCAGGCUCUGCUGCCUUCGUGGAAAGCCAGCCCCCGGAGGACCUGGGCCACGGAGACCCCGGAAGCCGCCCGUGCCGCCCUGUCUAGUAGCGUGGAAAGCCAGCCCCCCGAGGACCUGGGCCACGGAGACCCCGGAAGCCGCCCUAGCAAGGAAAGCCAGCCCCCCGAGGACCUGGGCCACGGGGUCCGUCGGGUGAAACUGUGCGCUGGACUAGGAGUCCGAAAACAUGCGCCUGGUCCGGUGCCUACCACUCACUCGGAAUGUCUGUUCCUGGACAGCGCUUUCACCCGCUCCUGCUCCGACGUCCUGUCUUUAUAG